AUGGCUUCAUCAAGCAAGAGAAUUGUGUUAAUUACUGGCGGGAACCAGGGUGUGGGCUACGAAACAGCGAAGAACCUGCUUGUUUUCUCUUCCGAGUACCAUGUAAUCUUGGGGAGUCGCGACCCUUCCAAAGGUGCAGCUACCGUUAAACAAAUUCAGGCAGUCGAGGGAGUCAAAGGCACAGUAUCUUCAACUCAGAUCGACGUGACGGACGACAAAUCGGUCGAUGCCGCUGCGGCACGCAUCGCGUAUGAGUUUGGACGGCUUGAUAUCCUCGUCAACAAUGCAGGCAUAGUUUCCACGGCUAGCCCUCCUACACGAGAAGUCUUGCGACGAAUCCUAGAGACAAACGUCGUCGGGGCGAUGAGCGUAACGGAGGCCUUUUUGGGUCUACUUCGUAAAGCAAAACAUACACCACGAAUCGUUUUCGUGAGCUCGAGCACGGGUUCGAUUACACACGCUGCUGACCCCAACUCCCCAUACUACAUCUCCGGCGCGGUAGAAUAUCGUACCAGUAAAGCGGCGCUUAACAUGAUGAUGGUCAUGUAUUAUGCGCGGCUGAAGCUAGAGGGCUUUAUGGUGUUUGGUGCUGACCCAGGCCUCUGCGCAACCGACUUUACCGGCGAUGCCGAGUCUUUACGCCAGAGGGGUGCUGCUGAGCCUUGGGAGGGUGGUAAGCGAGUUGCAUCGGUGGUGAAAGGAGAAAGGGAUGCCAAUGUUGGGAGAAUAGUGGGUGUGUAUGGAGUGUCUCCAUUCUAA